AUGCCUAACAAUAUCUGUGAUCUAAUGAAUGCUAAUGGAGAUUGGGAUAUGUGCAUCAUCAGUACUUAUAUUGAUAUUGCUUAUCAUGAUGCUAUUAAGUCUAUUACCACUAAUACAAGCAUGAAUGAUAGAAUUAGAUGGAAAUCUACGAUUUCUGGAAACUUUACUACUAAGUUUGUUUAUAAUUUCCUGACUAAUCUAAGUUUCGAUAAAGAUGAAGCUAAUUUCUGGAAACAGAUUUGGAAGCUUAAUAUGACUCCUAAAGUGAGUAUGUUCUGUUGGAAAGUUGUGACAAAUGCUCUUUCUCUAGGGAAAAACAUGUCCAAAUAUGUUAAAGACUCUAAACCAUAUUGUAUGUUGUGUGACAAUCAUGAAUUAAAUAAUGAAAUGCAUUUGUUUGUGAAAUGUAAUUUUGCUAAGAAGGUCUGGAAAGCUUUUGAUCUGAAUAAUAUCUAUCAUAACAGUGGAAGCACUGACAUUUUGCAAUGGUUUAAAACCUGGUUGAUUGAUAUCAUUAGAGCAUCUCAUCUGAAACUCAGACUUGACAGGGACAGUAAAACUGGUCAUGUUUCCACCAAUGCUAAGAAGUAUCACUGUAACAGUCUUAACUCUGAAAGUGACAACUAUGAUUGGUUUAUGCACUUUGAUGCUUCCUUUAUUAAAGCUGAUUUUACUAUGGGAUAUGCCAUUUCUAUACUUAAUAAAACAGGAAUCAUAAAAUAUUGCCGCGCAGGAUACAACUGGGCUUCCUUCUCCUUAGAAGCAGAAGCUAAAACUGGAAUUGAGGCGAUAAGGUGGAAUAAAGGAACUAAAGCUACAAAACUGCUGCAUAAUUAA